AAGAAAUUUUGUUCGCAUUUAACAUUUGUAAAUAGUAAUUUUUCUUUUACGAGAACUACCAUGGCACGUUAUCCACUUGCGAUUAAAAUUGCAAAUGUGUUUGUUUAUAUCUUCCUUCUAGGAAGCAACGUAUACUCCGGUCUUUUUAACCGUGAAAGCGAAAAUUCCCCAUAUGGUGGUAAACAUUUAACUUAUAUUUCUCCAGCUCCUUUCGUAUUUGGUGUUUGGGGCCUUAUCCAUUUCUUGCUAGGUGGUUUCGUUAUUUAUCAGUGGUUCGGAGAUCAAGAUCUUGUUCUUGAUGGUAUUAACUGGCACUUCGUCAAUAUCACCUUGUUGAACACUUUAUGGCUUGCUCUUUGGCACAACGAUCACCUUAUUCUUUCAUGGAUCGUCAUCCUUAUCACUACAAUACCAGUUUCAAUGAUUUAUGCAGUUAUUAAACGACGUGAUGGCAACAACAUUAAUGAAAUUAUAUGGAUUCGCGCUCCAUUCUCUCUUUAUCAUGCAUGGAUCCUUGUGAUUGCUUUCAUUAGCACUUUCGCUGCAUUCGCAAAUGAUAAGAAAAACGAUGAUAGCCAUCCAAGUCUCGUCGUUAAAAUCUUUGUUGUCAUUGCAUUAUUGAUUCUUGCAAAGUUAGGCACAAUUGGUUACCUCUAUAAAGGAAAGGGUGAUAUCGCCGGUUCUAUUGUUAUUGCUUGGUACUUAUAUGGUGUCGCCGUUGAACAAAAUGAUCAAGUUAUUCAUUGGACCGCUUUAGUUCUUGCCAUUAUUAGUUCAAUCGUUAUUCUUGGGUCUGUCAUCCAAAAAAUCCGUAACAGACACAGUGAAGAAUCUACUCCUUUAAUAGGUGGUGUUUAAAUGAAUAUACGAAAAUUCUUUUUUUUUUUACAUAAUAAUCAAAUUUAGUAUAUAUAUGUAUGUAUGUAUGUAUGUA